AUGCCAAAGGUCCACCUCUUGGACUACGUCGCGGGCAAUGUUCGCAGCUUGGUGAACGCCAUCGAGAAGGUCGGCUACGAAGUCGAGUGGAUUAGAAGGCCGGAAGAUGUUCCCUCAGCAGAAAAACUGAUCCUCCCCGGUGUCGGCCACUUCGGCCACUGCCUCUCCCAACUCUCCCAAGCCGGCUUCCUCCCCGCCAUCUCCGCCCACAUCGCCUCAGGCAAGCCCUUCAUGGGCAUCUGCGUCGGCAUCCAGGCCCUCUUCGAAGGCUCCCUCGAGGACCCCGACGUCCCCGGCCUCGGCGUCGUAAAGGGCCGCCUCGACCGCUUCGACGCCUCCACCAAGUCCGUCCCACAGAUCGGCUGGAACAGCGCAAACACGGGCGGCGCGAGCCUCUACGACCUCCGACCGGAUUCGAAAUACUACUACGUCCACACCUACAAAUACCCCUACGUCCGCGGCGAGCUCGAGGCCCAAGGGUGGACCGUCGCGACGGGAACCUACGGCGACGAGACGUUCGUCGGCGCCCUCGCCAGGGGUAACAUCUUCGCGACGCAGUUCCACCCCGAAAAGUCCGGCGCCGCGGGCCUGCGCUGCCUCCGCGCCUUCCUCGACGGCUCCGGCGCCGCAAAUCUCGCCGCCGGAGGUGCUACACCAUCAGCCGCCGUCGAGACCACCACCGCCGCCCCCUACCAAGACGGCCUCACCCGCCGCGUAAUCGCCUGCCUCGACGUCCGCACAAACGACCAGGGCGACCUCGUCGUAACAAAGGGCGACCAGUACGACGUCCGCGAAAAGUCCGAAGGCGGCGCCGUCCGCAACCUCGGCAAGCCCGUCGAGAUGGCCCGCCGCUACUACGAGCAGGGCGCGGACGAAGUCACCUUCCUCAACAUCACCAGCUUCCGCGACUGCCCCCUGGCCGACGUGCCCAUGCUCGAGAUCCUCCGCCGCACCUCGGAAACCGUCUUCGUGCCGCUCACCAUCGGCGGCGGCAUCCGCGACACCGUCGACACGGACGGCACCAAGGUCUCGGCCCUCGAGAUCGCGACAAUGUACUUCAAAUCCGGCGCCGACAAGGUCUCCAUCGGCUCCGACGCCGUCCUCGCGGCGGAAGAAUACCACGGCGCGGGACGCAAGCUCUUCGGCAACACGGCCAUUGAGCAAAUCUCAAAAGCCUACGGCAACCAGGCCGUCGUCGUCUCCGUCGACCCCAAGCGCGUCUACGUCCCCAACACGGACGCCACGCGCCACAACAUCCUCAAGACGCCCCGCCCGGGCCCCAAGGGCGAGGAGUACUGCUGGUACGCCUGCACCAUCAAGGGCGGCCGCGAGACGCGCGACAUGGACGUCGUGGAGCUCGCCCAGGCCGUCGAGGCCAUGGGCGCCGGCGAGAUCCUGCUCAACUGCAUCGACAAGGACGGCACCAACAGCGGUUUCGACCUCGAGCUCAUCUCCCAAGUCAAGGCCGCCGUCAAGAUCCCCGUCAUCGCGUCCAGCGGCGCGGGCGAGCCGGCGCACUUUGAAGAGGUGUUUGCCAAGACGACGACGGACGCCGCGUUGGGGGCGGGUAUGUUCCACCGCGGGGAGUAUACCGUCAAGCAGGUCAAGGAUUUCUUGGCCGACAAGGGGCUCAAGGUGAGGCAGUUUGAGGAGACCAUUUGA